UCGGAGAAAAGAGGAGUCCUUGAUUUUUAUUUGUUUUGCUUGCUAGCAAACUGCAUACUGUAGACACCAUUGACAAUUCGUUGCUGUAAGUGGAGGUUUCACGCGCUUGAUACAUUAAAAUAUACAUUCCAUUAUCUUAAGGCCGACAUAGUCUGUUAGAAUUCAAAUUUCCGUCGAUUUAGUCCGUGGUUCUCAUCUUAACAUUGGUGUUUAUGUGCUCUAACAACAUUCGCCAGACUAAUGUGUUGCAUCAACUACGUUUUUGGAUUCAGAGUUUAUCGCAGUUAUUCGACAGAGACGCACCGCUGGGUGCGGCGCGUGGGGAGGCACACCCACCGUAGAACGCUUGAAGUAGACAUAGAGAGAUCGUAUGAUCUUAUGUAUCACGAAUACAGGGACGUAGUUAACGAUAGUGGAUUAAAACAGAAACCCAGAAGACUAUCCCCAUCAUUCCUUGCUGUCCACCUUGUGUAUUUCAUCAUGGCAUUGGUAUUCCGCUCCACUCCUCUGCUGUGGGCACGUGUCGCAGCCAUGGUGUUCACGUGUGUUGCAUUCAGCGUGGCUCUGUACGGAGCCUCUCUCACGCAUGGUACCGGUGACUGGUGUAUCUUCUGCUGGAGCUUUAGCUUUGCGGGUACACUCCUGAUCAUCCUGGUGGAGCUUUGUGGCCUGCAGACCCGUGCACCCGUCUCCUGGAAGAAUUUCCCGAUUACAUUUGCCUGUUAUGCCUCUCUUCUCUGCCUCUCCGCUUCCAUCAUCUUCCCCCUGUUCUUCCUGAAGGGGUACUCCGGUCGCAAUGAGAUGAUCAACUGCCGCAUUGUGUCCACAGUGUUCUCCUGCCUCGCCACCAUCGCAUACCUGAGUGAAGUGAGCAUGAGCAAGGCACGCCCAGGAGAGGUGGCUGGCUACAUGGCCACCGCACCUGGCUUGCUCAAGGUCUGCGAGACUUUCGUGGCUUGCGUCAUCUUUGUCUUCAUCAGCGAGCCGGUGUCGUACAAACAGAAUGCCGCCACCAUGUGGUGCCUGUCUGUCUACUGCAUCUGCUUCAUUCUGUCAGCAGGCAUCAUCGUGAUGUGUGUGGCCGAGUGGACUGGCUGCCUGCCCUUCCCGUUUGCUCGCUUCCUGUCCACCUACGCCUUGCUGGCCGUAGGCAUGUACCUGUCCACCACCAUCAUCUGGCCCAUCUACAAGUUCGAUGACAAGCAUGGCGGGAGCAGCCGCAGGCCCAAUGCUUGUGGCUCCAGCAUGGGACUUUGUCCAUGGGACAAAACACUGGCCAUCGCAGUGCUCACUGCACUCAACUUCCUCCUGUACCUGGCUGACUUGAUCUACUCUGCUAGACUUGUGUUUGUUACUGUCUAAAGGGUGUACAAUGUGAGGGGGGGGGGGGGGGUUGUGUGGUAGUAGAGAGGUAGAAGCUGACGGAGGGUAAAGCCUGGUUUAUGGUCAUUGAGGCACCUGUAGUAUUAUGGUGAAAACAGCACUCUGCUCGGGGUUAAGUGCCACUGGCACCAACCAGAAAAAUGAAACCCUGUGGAAGCCCCAUCAACACCAUUUGCAUUACAUGAAAGAUGAAUGGUCAGCAAAGAAGAGGUUGGGUGCUUCCUCUGAAAAAGGAUUGGUCAGAGGAGAGAGGAUGGGCAUUCUUCUAAAGGAUGAUUGGCUAGAAGAAUGGAGUUAGGUGCUUCCUCUGAAUGGUGAUUGGCCAUAGAGGAGGGGGCUCUGAGGUUUUGCCGAUGCUAAGCCUGAGAAGGCAGAGAUUACUGUGUCACCAUGAGCAUUGCAGAUGCUGUGCUAAGCACACCGACCAUAACUCAAGUUUGGAAUGCAAUUUGAUGAAUUGGCCUGUUUAAAAAAGAUAUGUUAUGAAGAUUUCUGAGUGUUAUUUUUUCAGUAUUGCCAUUUUCAGUAUUUGCAUUUUAAUAUUAUAUAUCAGUUCUAUCACUUUUCAGCAAUUAUAUGCCAUCAUAUACUAUACCAAAGAAGCUUUGGCUUAGUACUUUAAAAAUGUAGUACAAUAGGGUAAAUUUAAAGAAGCAUAUUUAAAAUUCAAGCUGUUACUAAGAACAUUUAGAUUUAGGCCUGUCUUUGCCUGUUUAUGUAAAUGUUAGUGAAAAGUACAUUGUUGCUCCAUUAUUUGCUCUGCUACUGAAUCUCAUGGCAGUUUAUUUAAUCACAUUAAGCACAGAACUGUAGGCUGUGGGUAUCACAUUACUGCCUUAACAUCUGUCCCAAGAAAAUUCAGAUUCACAUUAAUGAAUGUAAAAGCAAACUUUUAUGUGUUAUAAUACUUGAUAUAAUGCAACAUAUAGCACUGGUGCUUACUGACAACAUAAAUAUGUGCUUUUUUCACUUUUUGGUUUAAAUUGUGUUUAUUUGUCUUGUCCCCAUACUCUAGAAAUAACUCCUAGUAAUCUGAGAUGGAGAAUUAAUUGUAUAUGCUGACAUGUGUACUUUUAACAUUACAUAGAAUUAAACCCAUCAAUGGUAUUUACCUAUCAUUUUGAAAAUACUCUUCAAAUAACUUUCAUUCUGGUUGCAAUUUUACAAGUAUUAGUUUUAUGUAAACACAAUAUGUAAACCAAGGAUGUGUUGCAGAUGUGAAUGCUUUGUGUUCAUAUUCUUGUAUGUAAAUCUCUGCUGUUCAUAUAUUACAUUCAGUAAGCUGUAUUAGUUGCACAAUCACCUCACACCAACCAAGUAUCAAGCAGUGUUUGUUGUGCAGUGUGUCUGGGGUCUGUGUGCGGCUGUUACUGCCU